AUCAGCCUGGGGGAUGACAAGAAAGGGACUGGUUUGGGUUUGUGCAAUGGUCCUGUAGCCUGGUGGCCUGGUGUGGGACCGUGGCUUCCGAGAGUGAGAUCCUAGGCUGUGGCAGGGCUGUUUUCUUGCCACAUGAGCCUGGAGGCAAGCUGGCCCCGGAUGCUCACUACAAACUGGGACCCAGUGAGGCUGGCGCAGUGGGAGGUGGGCCGAAGGGAGGCAGGCCACCGGCUGGAGCCAGUGGGCAGGCUGGGCUGAGAGGAAGGAGAGGCAGGCGGGCAGGGGCCUCCGAUGGGUGGGCAGGACCCGGGAGGGAGCAGAUCUGGAGGCCAGAGAGGCCUUCUGGCUCAGGGUGCUGCAGAGGCCGGGAGGACCGAUGGGGGGAUAGCACGAGAGGACAGGAUGGGGAGGACUUUUAGGGUUGGGAGGGGUCAGGUCCAUGGGGUCUGGUCAGGGGACACCCUCCCACUACCUGGUGGGGUCGCCCGUGUCCCUGGGGCCCCGCUGUGACUAAGAAGCCACGCCGCAACGUCGGGUUUGAUUAUCUCGUAAAAGGACGCCCCCUCUGCUUGCUCAGCAGAGGGGUUGCCAUGGAGACCAGCGGGCAGGCCCCAAGGGGGCCAGGUUGGAGCCAAUUACUGUGGCCGCAGCAAGGAGAAAGUCCACCGCCGGCCGUGGUGCUGACAGCAGGGCUGGUGCGGAGGGACAGGCCCUCAGAAGUUGGUUUCCAAAAAGCAGUUGGCUCGGCGGGAACAGAGCGGUGUCUUUGUGCCCAGUGCCCGUUUCCUGGCAAGGCUGAGCCAUGCGGCCGCUCAGCCACUCACCGCCACAGCAUGGCUCAGCCCCAGAGCCUCAUUUGGGGCGUUCUCAGAGUGGGCGUAGCCCCAAGCAUGUGACUCACAGCCUCCUGGGGGCCCAGAUUGGGGAGGGCAGGUGAAGCCAGCCUGGUCUGGUAAAGUCAACUGAACCCAACACCAGCCCAGCUCACGGACCACAGCUUCAGGCCUGGGAGCGACGGGACAGCGUGCGACAGUAACAGCUCAGUCAGUGAUGUGGCAGGUGUGGUCGUGAUGGGUGGCUGCUGACAUAGCCCAGUCAGUGGUGUGGACAGGACUGUGGCAUGGUGUGGUUGGUGACAUGGCGCAGUCGUAACAUGGUGUGGCCCAGAGCCUGGCCAGAGAGUACCUGGGCUCACCGCACCCUGUCUUAGGUCCUCCGCCACCAGGUCUCGGGGAUGGGACAUGCUGUUUUUGUAGCACAGUUACAUCCUGUGACAGCAAGUGAGAUGCUGGUGAGAGCUGGCAUGAUCAGGCCUGACUUUCCCAAGGAGGCCCCAUAAUUAGAGAGCCGGGAGAGGGUGUCAGCAGUUUAAAUAGAACAGCAGGCUGAGGUGCCCCUUCACAGCCUCCUGUGUAAGGCCGGCCCAGAGAGGGGCACCAGGGCUUGGGGGGUCCUGGGCUGGGCUGCCUCUCUGGACCUCCAUCCUGGGGCUGCCAUGUCCCUGGCAGCCAACAAAUGGCCCAGCCCCAGCGGCAGGCAGAGCACAGAGGAGGUCCUCAAGCUGUGGGAGGGGGCUCCAGGACCUGGGGACUGGAGUCCAGGGGGGCCCAGUCCUCUUGGCCACUGCACUAGGCUUGGGGUGGGCAUCUGCACUGGCCCAAGCAGAGAAGACCCAGUGUGGUGGGGGCCACAGCAUGGGGGGGGCGGGCUCCAAGUAGCGGUUCUGGGUAAGGGAAGAUGGCCCAUGGUCGUCUCCUUCCUCCCUCCUGGCUCUUGCCCCAGGUCUCAGCCGGCCUCAUGUCUGCAGAAUCCUGCUCUUAGCUAGCUGCCAAGGAAGGUGUUAGCUGUCAACGCAGGUGUUAGCUGAUAACUCAAGUGUUAGCUGAUAAGCCAUAACCCUCCCUGGGGGAUUCACAUUUUAAUAGACUCACUCCUGGAGGCGGGAAGAACCUUGGCUCUAACGGUGGAAUGACAGGCAGUGAUCUUAGUAUAGGGGCGUGUGGCCCUGCUGGUAAGACCAGGCUGGACACAGAGCCCCAUGAGGGGUCUCCUGCCCUGUCCAGGUCGUUGGUGAGGCCCCAAAUGUAUCUGGCCCCGAGAUGGGGGAGAGGGGACUGGGGCAGGAAGCAUGGGGAGUGUGUCUGGGUGGGAGGGUUGAGGGCAGCUGUGAUUGCACAGGGAGUGAUGGGCUGGGAAGGAGUAAGCUCCUCGCCCCGGGAGGAGAUCAAGCAGAGAAUGAGGCCGAGGGGAGGAGGCUGCAGGAGGUUCCGUGCCAAGUCAGGAAGCACAGAAGCAGCUCCAAGGAGGAUGUGUGGAGGAGGGAGCAGCCUGCCUGGAGGGGGCUGUGCUCGCCCUUCCCUUUCGGAGCCGGCCGCCUGCACUCGGUGGUGUCCAUGCUCCUGAUCCUGUGAUAGUAGAGUUGCUCCAGAGCCUGGGGCUCCCAGCAGUGUUUCCUUGGGACCCAGACCCCUGCAGGAUGCCGCUGGGGGCUGUGGCUCCGGGCUCCACCAAGGCCCCUGCCGUUUCCUCCUUUAAGCGCAGCUCCCCACGGUGGUGAGGCCUCAGAAUCUGGGCAGCCCUGGGGCCUCAGGGGCUCUGGGGCCUGGGCAGGACAGGGGGUCUGAACCACAGCCCCACCCCUCCUGCAGCCCGAGAUGGCCCUGGGGAGGGGCUGCUGCGGAAGCUGUUGAGAGCCCAGCAGCUGACUGCUAGGCAGGCCUGGGCCUGAGCCUUGGCUCAGGGCUCCUCUGCGUGAGCUCAGCCAGUCUGGUGCUCAGGUGUUUGCCGAGGGCCUCUCUCCCAGCCUGGCCUGUGGGCUGGGGGCAGAGGACAGGCCAGGGAUCACACUGGGACCAGUAGGGAUGGCAGACAGGUCCAGAGACCUCUGUGUUCGCUGCAGUCCCGAGAAGGUUUCUGUGGGUGAGUACCCAUCCCAGGAGGCCUUCAAGUGGGGUCCCCGCGCUGACCCUGCUCUGACCAAGUGCUAGAGGGGCAUGUGGGCACAUUAGCUCGUGUGUAUGAGUGCCGGGCGGCAACGUGGGCGUCUGUGGGCGAGGUUCCAGGUGUGGAGCAUGUGACUCCCCUGCAGCAGCUUCCAGAUGGCGGAUGGAGCAGGAAUCACAGCAUGGAACCGGCUGCUGGCCUGGGUGCUGUGGCUACAGGCAUGGCGGGUGGCGGCACCGUGCCCAGGCGCCUGUGUGUGCUACAACGAGCCCAAGGUGACGACGAGCUGCCCACAGCAGGGUCUCCAAGCCGUGCCGGCUGACAUCCCGGCUGCCAGCCAGCGCGUCUUCCUGCACGGUAACCGCAUUGUGCACGUGCCGGCCGCUGGCUUCCGCGCCUGUCGCAACCUCACCAUCCUGUGGCUGCACUCGAAUGCACUGGCCCGCAUCGAUGCCACCGCCUUUGCCGGCCUGGCCCUCCUGGAGCAGCUGGACCUCAGUGACAACUCACAGCUACGCUCUGUGGACCCCGCCACGUUCCAUGGCCUGGGCCGCCUGCACACGCUGCACCUGGACCGCUGUGGCCUGCAGGAGCUGGGCCCCGGCCUCUUCCGUGGCCUGGUCGCCCUGCAGUACCUCUACCUGCAGGACAACGGGCUACAGGCACUGCCUGACGAUGCCUUCCGUGACCUGGGCAACCUCACGCACCUCUUCCUGCACGGCAACCGCAUCCCCAGCGUGCCCGAGCGCGCCUUCCGUGGCCUGCACAGCCUUGACCGCCUCUUGCUGCACCAGAACCGCGUGGCCCGCGUGCACCCGCACGCCUUCCGCGACCUGGGCCGCCUCAUGACCCUCUACCUGUUUGCCAACAACCUCUCGGCGCUGCCCGCGGAGGCCCUGGCGCCCCUUCGAGCGCUGCAGUACCUGCGGCUCAACGACAACCCCUGGGUAUGCGACUGCCGGGCGCGCCCACUCUGGGUGUGGCUGCGGCAGUUCCGAGGCUCCUCGUCUGAGCUGCUCUGCAGCCUGCCCCCACGCCUGGCCGGCCGUGACCUCAAGCGCCUGGCUGCCACCGACCUGGAGGGCUGCGCCGUGGCCUCCAGGCCCUCCCAUCCUGUCUGGACCGGCGGGCCUGCCAACGAGGAACCCCUGGGGCUGCCCAAGUGCUGCCAGCCAGACGCCGCAGACAAGGCCUCGGUGCUGGAGGCCGGGAGUCCAGCCUCGGCUGGCAAUGCACUCAAGGGACGUGCACCGUCCGGCGACAGCCCACCCGGCAACGGCUCUGGCCCACGGCACAUCAAUGACUCCCCCUUCGGGACCCUGCCUGGCUCAGCCAAGCCCCCGCUGACAGUGCUGAGGCCUGAGGGCUCCGAGCCCCCUGGCCCCCCCACCACGGGCCCUCGCCGGAGACCAGGCUGCUCCCGCAAGAACCGCACUCGCAGCCAGUGCCGUCUGGGCCAGGCAGGCAGUGGGGGUGGUGGGGCCGGUGACUCAGAGGGCUCGGGCGCUCUGCCCAGCCUCGCCUGCAGCCUCGCACCCCUGGGCUUUGCACUGGUGCUCUGGACAGUGUUCGGGUCCUGCUGACUGGCCCCCGAUUGGGAUGCUUCUCUCAGCAGCCAGGUGUGUGUACAUACGGGGUCCCUCCACGCGGCCAGCCAGCACGGGGCGGCAGGCCCUCCCGGACGGACGCUCCUGCCCCCGCCCCAUCUCCACCCCAUCAUGUUUACAGGGUACGGUGGCAGCGUUUGUUCCAGAACGCCGCCUCCCACCCGGAUUGCGGUAUAUAGAGAUACGCGUUUUAUUUUACUUGUGUAAAAAUGCCGACGACGUGGAAUAAAGCGCUCUUUUCUUAA